ACCAAUAAAACAUGGAGAAGGACAAUACUACUGGGAAAUAUUCAGUUGUGUGAUGACCCGGGAAAGAGAGGAAGAUGGUGGUGUUGGGUUCACUUUGCCAACUUAACCCCUCUCCAGUUUUAACAACAACAACUUCUUCUUCUUCUUGUUCAUGUUUAAGAUCAACACAAAAUGGUAUUUUCACAAGAAGAAGGACAAUACUACUGGGACAAAGUCUUGUAGUGACUUCUUUACUUGAGUUGUGUAACCCAAUUCUCUCAGCUCCUUCGUUUCGCCUUGCAAUUGCCCAACAACAACAACAAGAUGAUCUUCAGCAAGAAGAAGACCGAAUUGUGCAUCUCUUUGAGGAAACAUCUCCGUCUGUUGUGUUUAUCAAAGACCUUGAAAUAGACAAAAGCCUCAAGACCUCUGCUGAAGAAGUCAUGCUUAGAGAGGAUAAUAAUACAAAAAUUGAAGGGACAGGUUCUGGCUUCAUCUGGGACAAAUUUGGUCACAUUGUCACAAAUUACCAUGUGGUGUCUAAAUUGGUCACGGAUACAAGUGGAUUACACCGUUGUAAGGUAUAUCUGGGAGAUGUAAAGGGAAAUGGAUUUUACAGGGAAGGCAAGAUUGUUGGCUAUGAUCCAGCAUAUGAUCUAGCGGUUCUUAAGGUUGAUGUUGCAGGAUAUGAAUUAAAGCCGGUCGUCCUUGGUACUUCACGGGAUUUACAUGUGGGCCAGAGCUGCUUUGCGAUUGGAAAUCCUUACGGAUAUGAGAAUACACUAACAACUGGGGUGGUCAGUGGGUUAGGGAGGGAGAUACCCUCACCAAAUGGAAGCGCCAUUCGAGGCGCAAUUCAAACAGAUGCAGCCAUUAAUGCUGGGAAUUCCGGUGGGCCCUUGAUUGAUUCAUAUGGCCAUGUCAUUGGAGUUAAUACUGCAACCUUCACACGUAAAGGCACGGGAGUAUCAUCGGGUGUCAACUUUGCGAUCCCAAUCGACACUGUUGUGAGGACUGUACCUUAUCUUAUUGUUUAUGGAACCCCUUACAGUAACAGGUUUUGAUAAUCUUUUUUCUAUGUAGUGCAUCAAUAAAAGGAUACCUCUCACAAUGCUUCUAGUGGUUCAAAAA